AUGCUCGGAAUUUUCCUGUACACGCAAGUGCAGAAGGGAAUCCGGAGUUCCGAGCUCCGUCGACGAACGAAGAUCAGGAAUGCCGUUGAUUAUGCCAAGAGAUCGAAGAUCAGGUGGGCCGGACACAUUAUGCGAUAUAAUGAUGACCGUUGGACCAGGGCGGCUACGGACUGGAUCCUUCGGGACUUCAAGCGAACACCAGGACGGUCGCCGACGAGGCGAUCAAAUUUCUUCACGAAAGCUCUGAACGGAAGGAAUCUUUUGCCUCGUGUCCCUCGAGCCAUUCACUGGACUACUCUGACUCGCGGCAUGGACGAAUGGAGACGUUACUGGCGCCCGCUCAAAAAAAUCGAUGACCUACGGGAGUACAGGUGA